UUUUUGGGGCUAUGUUUCAGCUGACCAUGAACGGCGUGUUCAGAGAUCUGCUCGACAAGUGUGUCAUCAUCUACCUCGACAAUAUUCUCAUCUUCAACAAGACCAAGGAACAGCACCUCAAGGACCUCGACACAGUUUUUCAACGCCUGCAGCAGAACCGCCUCAUCACCAAAGGCUCUAAGUGCGAGUUUCUAAAAUCCGAACUGGAAUUUUUCGAACACGCCGUUGGAGCGGACGACAUUAAAAUCGACCCACAAACAGACCGACAGACCAAACAUACCAUUCAGACCAUGGAGCAGCUGACACGCACCAACUGCCCCGAUCCUGCCCAGAGCGGGGUAGUAUAAGGAAUUUUAUUAUCUACCGGGUUGU